AUGGCCCUGCAGAGCCAGGUGUGGUCUUCGGCCACACCCAUGCCCAUGGCCGAGAGCUCCCUCUACCGGCAGCGGCUGGAAGUCAUCGCCGUAAGUGACGCCCUCCCAGUGCGCUCGGCCCCCCGCCCUGGGAACCCCCAAACUGUCCCCAUGCUCCUUCCUUGUGUCUCUGCCAUUCCUGGGAGCAGGCCUACCAUUGUGAAGAGGGAGAAGAGGCGGCUGCAGGAGGAGAUCCGCGCGGCGCUCCGGGAGCUGGAGGACGAGAAGCUCCGCGUGGAGCGGCUCAAGAGGAAGUCUCUCCGGGAGCGUUGGCUAAUGGACGGGGCAGCCGAGGGGCCAGACCGGCCUGAGGACCCCACUUCACAGGACCCCCAGUCACCGGAGGGCCAGGCUCAGGCCCGAAUCCAGAACUUGGAAGACAGCUUGUUCACACUCCAGUCUCAGCUGCAGCUGUUGCAAAGUGCGUCGACAGGUGCCCAGCACAAGCCCUCGGGCAGACCCACCUGGCGCAGACAGGGUCACCGUCCUCUCUCGCAACCCACCGUGGAGGCAGGUGUUACAGGCCAUACUGAUCUGGACAAGAGAGCCUCCCUGCCAGCCUGGCCAGUGGGCGUGUCCCCAGAGUCCCCAUCUGAGCCCAGGGAGGAGGCCGUUGGGGUUCUGCCAGCCCCAAGGCGGGUCCCCGGGGCAGUAGCAGCCUCCUCAGAAGCCAACGGCCCCUGCCUGGGACCCAGCCCCCCUCCGGAGCAAGAGCCAAGUCAGGGGGUAGCAGCCACUGAGGGGCGGGUGGGUGAGGACAAGGAAGGGGGUGUAGUGAAGGUGGUGUGGGAGGGGCUGAGGGCCACCGAGGACUGUGCCACAGGAGCCACAGGCCUGGAGCUGGAGGCCAAGGUGGAGGAGGUGGUGCAGGAGGCCAUUGGGGACAGGCAGGGGGCUGGCAGCCUGGAGCUCCCUGCCUGGGUGAAGGAGGACAGGGGCACCGUGGAGGUGGUCUGGGAAGGGGUGGGGGGCAGCGACUCGGAGGCCACAGGGGAGGUGGGCAUGGGCCCAGGAGCUGCACAGACCAGCUUGCCGAGGUUCCAGGAGAGAUGGGAGGAGGCAGCUUCCAGAGAAGGGGAGGGUGCUCCCAGGGGCAGCCCUGAAGGAAGAGGAGAGGAGGGGUCCUUCAUCUGGGUGGAGCGAGUGACCCUCAGUGAGGACUGGGAGGAGCUGCUGGUGGAGGGGUUGGAGGGGCCGCUGGUGACAGGAAGGGAGGGAGGAGAUGAAGGUUCACUGGGAGCAGAGAGGAGAGGAGGAGAGGAAACCUGGGAGGUAGAGAGGAGGAGAGCAGAAGAAUCAGCAGGAAUAGGGAAGAGAGGAAGUGAGGACAAGCCAGGGACAGAGGGGGACAGGGCAGAGAUGCCACUGGUGGAAGAGAGGAAAAGAAGUGAGGAGUCCUUGAAGCCAGAGAGCAGAGGAGGUGAGGAAAAGCUGGGGACAGAGAGGGAAGGAGGUGAGGAACCACUGGGAUUAGAGAGAAAAGAAGGUGAGGGACUUUUGAGGGCAGAGAGAGAAAGAGGUGAGGAAAUGCUAGGGGUAGAGAAGAAGGAAGUUGAGGAGCCACUGGAAGUAGAAGAGGAAGGAGGCGAGGAAAAGCCAGAGGCAAGUGAAGAGCCUUUGGUGACAGAGAUAAAAGGAGGUGAGCAACCAUUAGCAGCAGAGGAAAAAGGAGAUGAGGAGCCAUCACAGGCAGAGGAAAAAGGAGGUGAGGAGCCAUCACAGGCAGAGGAAAAAGGAGGUGAGGAGCCAUCACAGGCAGAGGAAAAAGGAGGUGAGGAGCCAUCACAGGCAGAGGAAAAAGGAGGUGAGGAGCCAUCACAGGCAGAGGAAAAAGGAGGUGAGGAGCCAUCACAGGCAGAGGAAAAAGGAGGUGAGGAGCCAUCACAGGCAGAGGAAAAAGGAGGUGAGGAGCCAUCACAGGCAGAGGAAAAAGGAGGUGAGGAGCCAUCACAGGCAGAGGAAAAAGGAGGUGAGGGACCAUCACAGGCAGAGGAAAAAGAAGGUGAGGGACCAUCACAGGCAGAGGAAAAAGGAGGUGAUGAGCCUCUGCAGGCAGAAGAAAAAGGAGGUGAGCAACCAUUGGAAUUAGAAAAGACCCAAGGAGCAAAGGAAGAUCUGAGUCCAGAAGAGCAGAGAGCACCAGGGGCAGGAACUGAAUCCCAGGCAGAGGAGGUGAGUGAUGUAGGGGCUCCCCUUGGGGCCAAUGAGGAGGAGCCAAGCCCAGAGGAGGAAGGACUGCAGCCCCAGGAAAAGCAAGAAGGCUCCCUGGAGGAGGAAGCAGUAAAGCCCCAGACCCCUGCUGAAGGCCAGGACCCCUCAGGGGGUGCCACGCCCCUCCUGGCAGAGACCCCAGCCACCCCAGAGCAGCCCACCGAGUGCCAGCCACUGCUUCAUGGGGAGGAGCCCAGCGCCAACCCCAGUGUCCACCCCGCGCCCACCUAUGCCCCUGCCCGGCAGCCUGAGCCAUCUGCCCCCACCGAGGGUGAAGAGGCAAGCGGACCUAAGCAAAAGACGUGCCAGUGUUGUGCGGUUAUGUGAGCCCGCACCCCUCCAACCCAUGCCCACCUCUUCUCACAGCUACCUCGGCCUCUUGGCAUCCAGCAGAGGGUCCUAGGCUCAGACAGGGCAUCACGGGACUGGCUGUAGCACCUGGGAGCCAGCUGGCCUGCAUGUUCACCUACACCUGGGCUUCUGGACCCCCUGCCCACUGCCUGUGACCCUGGCCCCCUUCUGCGAUGAAGCCUUUAUACUUGAAAAUAAAUGAUUAAAGCACUCAGA